AAAGUUCCUGAAAGUUUCAGAAAUUCGUCUGCAUGGCCAUGCCGACGACAGGAAGCAUAGUAAAUGUAGCGCCCCCUAUUCUACUUCCUUUUUCCGGUUGACAGCAUAAACGGUCAGCCAUGGCUCCUAAAGGAAAUAACAUGGUGCCCAAUGGGCACUUCCAUAAAGACUGGCAGAGAUAUGUAAAAACAUGGUUUAACCAACCUGCUAGAAAGAAGCGAAGACAUGAUACAAGAUUAAAGAAAGCCAGACGUAUUGCACCACGCCCAGCUGCUGGUCCUCUUAGACCAAUUAUUAGAUGUCCAACCUUCAAAUACAACAGUAAAAGACGACUAGGAAAGGGAUUCUCCUUUGAAGAACUUAAGGCUGUUAAUGUUAGUUGGAAAGAAGCUAUGGGUAUUGGAAUUGCUGUCGACUUUAGACGUAAGAACAAGUCAGUGGAAUCCCUUCAGGAAAACGUACAAAGAUUAAAGGAGUACAAAUCUAAACUAAUCUUAUUCCCUAAAAGCAAAAAGAAGGUCCGACAAGGAGAGGCUUCUUCUGAAGAAACCAAGAUGGCUACACAGCUUCAAGGUAAACUCAUGCCACUCAAAACAUCUUUCAAACCUGAAAAGGCUCGUGCUAUCACAGCUGCAGAAAAGAAGGCCUCAGUCUAUGACCAGAUUGUCCGUGCUCGUAAACAAGAAAGAUUUGUUGGUAUUCUCAACAAGAUCAGAAAGAGGAAAUAUGCCCGAUCUAUGGUUCGAAAGGCCAAGAAAGAUGGUACAUACAAAAAGGAUGAUAAGGGAAAAGGUACCAAGGUUGCAAAGAGGAAGUAAAUUAUUGAAAUGGACGUUAAUUACUUCAAAUAAAAAAAAAUGUAUAAAACA